CGAUAGUUCCCUCUUUGGUUUGACACCUCUACAGCACGUAACUUUUGGCAAACAAUUCAAGAAAUUUUUGAAUAAAAUGAUAAUACUGAAUAGAUGCUCACCCAUCAGGCAGAUCCUGCGGCGCUGUCACAGCGAAGUGGCAGCAAGUGUCUGCAGCAAGGUCAGAAGCCCCUUGACUGCUUUUUUGGGAAAUGGCCGGAUUCGGAGCAGCAAGAGUUUGUGCAACACAUGCGCAUCAUUCCGGACUUUAUCAGCGAAUCGGAGGAGCAACAGCUGCACGAAGAGGUCGAGCCGUACAUGAACCGACUGCGCUAUGAGUUCGACCACUGGGACGACGCCAUCCACGGGUUCAGGGAGACUGAGCGCAAGAAGUGGUAUCCACAGAACCGCGAUGUCCUAGAGCGAGUGCGCCAGGUGGCCUUUGACGGGGCUAUAAUGCCAUACGUUCAUGUGCUGGAUCUUGCCGCUGACGGUGUUAUCAAGCCGCAUGUGGACAGCACCAGGUACUGCGGCACCACCAUCUCGGGCAUCAGCCUGCUCAGCGACUGCGUAAUGCGUCUCGUGCGCACAGAUGCCCAGAAGUACCAGCAGCCCAGCACGGAGAGUGCGCCGGAAGCCAAGAGCCCAGACUCCGAUGCAGUAUAUGGCCAUCGGCGUUUUCCAGAGGCAUUUCUUGAAGAUGGAUUCUACGCAGAUCUGCUACUCCCAAGGCGCUCGCUCUACAUAAUGUGCCACACGGCUCGCUACAAUUUCACCCAUGAGAUACUGGCGAAGGAGCACUCUGCGUUUCUCGGCACACCCAUACCAAAGGCACGUCGGAUAUCUAUCAUUUGCCGCAACGAUCCAUGAUGAGGACCGCCCUACAUGAGUACUCUAUGCGGAAACGCUUCCCUUCCUACUUUUAUUGAAGCGUUCAGAUACAUAUAUCCAUCUAUAUAUCCGUUGAGGUCUCCAUAUAGAAAUAAUUUCGUUUUUCUUCAAGAGCCUAGUCUAGUCGCUUCUAAUGUUAGUUGUACAUAUGAUUAUUACCCAUUUUAGUUAUUGAUUAUGACAUGAAAGUUACAAUCGACCGUGUGUAUAUAAGAAAAUAUAAUUUGAUUUCAAAGA